AUGAUGGGCGCCUCAGAUCUAGGACGCAAGAAGAGUCUGAUUCGACCUGAACGCACAAAGGUCGAUAGAGACCACCCGCAAUACCACUACCGCAAGCACGCCCAGAAUAUGGCAGUCAUGCCUUCUACUACUGGCCACGACCCAAUGCUUGAAGAAGCAGAGCACGAGGCUGCUACCGUCAGCUCCGACGACAUUGAAUUGAAACAGCUCGAUCAGAAGGGUCACCCUGCGGGCAUGGCGAGAAGUGGAAGUCGCAAACUACAUCGCAAGACUACACUCGAGGUUGCCGAAGAGAAGAAAAAGAGACAAAAGCAGGCAGGGGCCAGUCCACCAACACUUUGGAGCACUUACUGCCACCUGAUCACUUUCUGGUGUCCCAACCCCAUCCUUAAAUGUUUCGGAAUGCCCGAAAAGGCCCAACAACAAGCGUGGAGGGAGAAGAUGGGCUUGAUCAGUAUCAUUCUCAUGAUCGCUGCCUUUGUCGGUUUCAUUACCUUCGGUUUCACUGCCACCGUCUGCCCUGCGGGCUCCUCUUCACGAUUCCGCGUAAACAAGGUCGAUUCUGGAUACAUGAUCUUCCAUGGCAAGGCCUAUGACUUGACAAGGUCGCAGCAUCCCCAGGCUAGAGGUAUCUUGAGAAACCAGAACGUGUUAUGGGAUCUUGAUGUGCCUUAUGGAGGCAAAGACGGCAGUUUCAUGUUCCAGAACGUCAAUGGUGCAUGCAAGGGUCUCAUCACUGCCGCCGCGGGUUCUGAUGUCAAGACUGAUAGCGAUGGCAAUUUGGCUUGGUAUUUCCCAUGCAACGCUUUCAAUCAGGACGGAUCGAGUGAGCCCAACAAAACCAUCCCUUACUACCUUGGAUAUUCUUGCCACACCUCGAAGCUUGCCCGAACCAACUUCUACGACCUCAAGUCUGGAGGAGAUGUGUACUUCACAUGGGACGACAUCAAGAAUUCGAGCCGCAAUCUUAUGGUUUACGGUGGCGAUGUCCUCGAUCUCAACCUGCUCAACUGGUUCAACACUACUCAGGUUUCGUACCCUUCGAGAUUUGACGAUAUUCGCGAGAACGCCAACGUCAGGGGCACUGACAUGAGUCUUGCCUUUUCGUCAGGUCAAGAUAAGAAGAUCGCAAAGUGUUUCCAGGAAAUUAUCAAGGUGGGAUCGAUCGACACCGAAACUGUUGGAUGUAUCGCCUCCAAGAUCGUGCUAUAUGUUGCCCUCGUCUUCAUCUUGUCAAUUGUCGUCGCCAAAUUCGUUCUAGCUCUGGCGUUCCAGUGGUUCCUUAGCCGCAAGUAUGCUGCGGAUAGGACUGCCUUCAGCGGCGACGAGAAGAAGAGAAAGCAGCAGAUCGAGGAGUGGGCCGAUGAUAUCUACCGUCCAGCUCCCAAAAUCGCUGAUCCCGUCUCUCACGCUAGCGACCGUGCAAACAAACGCGGUAGCUUCCUUCCGACCACCUCGAGGUUUACCAGCCCUUACGCUAUCGAACGAUCCAUGGCCCGUUCUCGUCCCGCAUACACCACAAUGGCUAGCCAAAGCUCGACUGCGCGCUUGAUUCCUGGCGCAAGUGUUUAUGGGCAAGGCAACCGCAGUGAAAACACUCUGCAAGAAAGUCGCGCAAGUCUUAUGGUUCCCAAUAGCAGUGAGCAAAGAUACUCUACCGCCAUGGAGUCUGAUGGUCCUGGUCCUCAUGGCUUUAUUCACGAAGCUGUCGUACCCCAGCCUCCUCCGGAAUGGCAACCAUUUGGAUUUCCGCUCGCGCAUGCCAUUUGUCUUGUCACUGCCUACUCCGAGGGUCCCGAAGGAAUGCGUACAACUCUUGAUUCUGUUGCCACAACUGAGUACCCCAACAGCCACAAACUCAUCCUCGUCAUUUGCGACGGUAUCAUCAAGGGACAUGGUGAGACUAUGACUACCCCCGAAGUUGCCUUGAGCAUGAUGAAGGAGCAUACUAUCCUACCCGAUGAGGUCAAGCCUUACUCCUACGUCGCCGUGGCUAGUGGAUCCAAACGACACAACAUGGCCAAGAUCUACUCUGGCUUUUACGACUAUGGAGAGGAUUCCAUCAUUCCUAUCGAGAAGCAGGAACGCGUGCCCAUGGUGAUCAUCAUGAAGUGCGGCACCCCUGAGGAAUCAACCCAGUCCAAGCCUGGUAAUCGCGGUAAACGUGAUAGUCAGAUCAUUCUCAUGUCUUUCUUGCAAAAGGUCAUGUUCGAUGAGCGCAUGACUGAACUCGAAUACGAAUUCUUCAAUGGUAUCUGGAAGAUUACCGGCAUCUCACCCGACUUCUAUGAGAUUGUUCUCAUGGUCGACGCCGAUACCAAGGUCUUCCCCGACAGUUUAACCCAUAUGAUUAGUGCAAUGGUCAAGGAUCCUGAAAUCAUGGGCUUGUGUGGUGAAACCAAGAUCGCCAAUAAGAGAGCCAGUUGGGUUUCGAUGAUCCAAGUCUUCGAAUAUUUCAUCUCACAUCAUCAGUCCAAAUCCUUCGAAUCCGUUUUUGGUGGUGUCACCUGUCUUCCUGGGUGUUUCUGCAUGUACAGAAUCAAGGCACCUAAGGGCGAUCAAAAUUACUGGGUACCGAUCCUGGCCAAUCCCGACAUUGUGGAGCAUUAUUCCGAAAAUGUCGUCGACACAUUGCACAAGAAAAACUUGCUCCUCCUUGGUGAAGAUCGUUAUCUCUCCACUCUGAUGCUGAGGACUUUCCCCAAACGAAAGCAAGUUUUCGUUCCGCAAGCUGUCUGCAAAACUACUGUGCCCGACGAGUUCAAGGUUCUCCUUUCCCAAAGAAGAAGAUGGAUCAACAGUACCGUCCACAAUCUUAUGGAGCUGGUUCUGGUUCGUGAUCUCUGCGGAACCUUCUGCUUUAGCAUGCAAUUCGUUGUCUUUGUCGAGCUAGUCGGUACUCUUGUGCUUCCAGCUGCCAUUGCUUUUACCUUCUAUGUUGUCGCUAUUGCUAUCAAGGCCGCCAUUGAACACACAACCAUUCCAGUCAUGUCACUGGUCUUGUUGGCACUUAUUCUUGGUCUGCCCGGUGUUCUCAUCAUCUUGACUGCUCAUCGCAUCUCAUACGUCGCAUGGAUGCUUAUCUACCUCCUUUCUCUUCCAGUCUGGAACUUCAUUCUUCCAACCUACGCGUACUGGAAAUUCGACGACUUCUCUUGGGGUGACACUCGCAAGACGGCUGGUGAACAGACCAAGGGCGGCCACGACGCAGUGGAGGGUGAAUUUGACAGCAGCAAGAUCACCAUGAAGAGAUGGGCUGAUUUCGAACACGAGCGACGCAUGAAGACCGGAGGAACCAAUUACAAUUCCUCGUCAGGGCAGGGAUCAUAUCCCUAUGAAUCUGGCUACGACUACUAA